AUGAGUACCAGCCAGAAAAGAGGACAGGUCACCAAGCUGAAGCCAAGACCCCUUGGUUUGAAAGAAGGAUUGACCGAGAUGUACCAGGGGGAGCUGCUUUGUGACGUCACGCUGGUGGCCGAUGGACAGAGGUUUCCUUGCCACAGGGCCUUGCUGGCAGCCGUGAGCCCUUAUUUCCGGGAUGUCUUCGUCCAAGGUGGGAAAGACCUGGAAGGGUCAGAGGUCCAGCUGGAGAACGUCCCUCCGUCCCUCCUGCAGAAUAUCCUGAAGUACAUCUACACGGAAGAACUUGCCCUGACUUCCGAGCUGGCGCCGUCACUCUUCACCGGAGCCAGCCAGCUGCAGAUCCUCCCCUUAGAAACCGUCUGCUGCCGGUUCCUGGUGACGCAUCUCUCCGUCCAGAACUGCUUCGAGAUGUAUUCCUUAGCUCAGGUGCACCACAGCCAGCCUCUCCUCCAUGCCGUCCUGCAGGUCCUGAUCCGGAACUUUGACCGGACUUUCGAAGAGGACAAUUUCCUCCGACUGGACGCCGGCGAUCUGGCCGCCGUCAUCUCCUCCGACGACCUCGACGUGGCUUCCGAGCUCAAGGUCUACCAGGUGGUACGGCGGUGGGUGCAGGGCAAGCCCACCAAGCGUGGCCCCUUCCUUGGAGAGCUUCUGCACCAUGUCCGCUUCCCGCUUUUCGGUCCCGAGGAGCAAGACGUCCUCCAGGAAGAUCUGGAGAGACGGGACGAUCUUGAACUCGAACGGAAAGUCAUGGACGGCCCGGAACGCUUGCGACAAAGCGGUGGGCUGCGGCAAGGCAUGUACAAGCCGCACAUCCUCUGCAUCGAUACCCAGAUGUGCGAGUAUCAACAGCUGGAGAGUGAGGAGGCCCACAUGAGCUGCUAUGAGCCACAGGCCGAAGUCUGGGAGAAACUCCCCGGCUUACAAUCGUUGACUCACGCUUGCUGUACCUCCAACGGAGACAAGGUCUACCUCUCGGGAGGCGUCUACAAAAACGCGUACUCCAACGCCGUCUACGAAUUCGACGCCUUCACCAACCAGUGGCUGCAGCUCCCGGCCAUGCAGAUCCCCCGGGCGGCCCACGGCUUCGUGUACGACCGUCAAAAACUCUACGCCAUGGGAGGCUGGCGCAGAUUCCAGAGCUUCCUCAACUUGGCCGAGCGCCUGGACCUCGUCACGGAGAGAUGGACUCCGAUGGCCAAGCUGCCCUUCGCCCUCAGCCACCCUGCCUCCACCGUGUUGCGGGAGAAGGUGUAUCUCCUUGGAGGUGCCACCGGGGUCUCCAACCACUGGCUAUUUCACAAGGGGGUCUUGAUCUACACGAUGGAUUCCAACACCUGGACGCAAGUCCCUCUGGCGACGGGCUUCUUCGCCGCGGGCGCCGUGGCCGGCGAGAAUGGCAUCUAUGUCAUUGGGGGUUACACCGAGAAGAAGAACGAGGAUUGGCAGGAGAGGGCCUUAGUGCCCGAGAACCGCCACAGCACCCGUAAAUGCUUCUUUGUCAACGAGGCUGGCAAGGUGAACGCCAAUGUGGCUGUUCCCAAGCUGCGGCGCAGUUUGGCCAACGCAGGGGUGAUCCGUUGCGGCACACGGAUCUAUGUGUUGGGCGGAGAAGAUCUGUCCCAGCGAUACAAAGUGAUCUACCACUGGCAGCCGGGAGAGACCCGCUGGCACCGGGCCGGUGCUGAAAUCCCCGUGCCGCGAGAAGGCAUCAGCCGAUUCGGGUGUGCGACGUUGCUGAGGCCCAAGCCUCAUAUUCUCCAACUCUUCCAAGUGACCUCGGUGGUCAUCGUCUCGGCGGUCGCCAAAUCGUAG